AUGCUCAGCCGUCUAGUCAGUUCCCUUCAGCCACGUGGGAUCCGGGCCGCCUCCUCCGCGGCCAACAACAUUGUCAGUCAAGCACAGAUCCAGUCGGAACCAUCGAAAGUGAGCAUUUUUCAAUGAUUCUAGUCAAAUCCAUCGAAUCCAGGUACUUUUCAUCGACGGCGAUCGAACGACGACGUACGGAGAAUUUGUGAAGCGAGCCGGGCAGUAUGCGACGGCGCUGACUGAAAAAUACAAUAUCAAGGUACUGAAGACAACAAGAAACUCGUAAAAUCAAUAUGAUUUUGUUCAGAAAGGCGACCGAGUGAUGGCUCGUGUCUCGAAGACGACCGAUACGGCGGCCCUCUACAUCGCCUGCCUCCAAAUCGGAGCACUUUACAUUCCAGUCAAUCCGGGCUACACCGAAUCGGAAGCCGCGCAUUAUAUCAAGGUGAGCACUUCAAUAUUCUGGCAAUGUCGCUCUCGCGGUGGAGAGCGGAACAGCGCGUUUGCUAGACUUCUGUGGCUGCAAUAGAAUGGUUUCAGGACGCAACUCCGUCUAUCCUGGUCACUUGCAACGAAGAAUUGGAUAAGGUAUUCCGAGACCGAAUCAGUGUGCUCAAUGAGAACAAACUGGCCUCGGAGGCCGGUUCCCUGAAUUCCUGCACCACCAUCGAGCACGUGGAAAAGUCAGAUUCUGCCUCGGUUUGCUACACCUCCGGAACGACCGGACUGCCGAAAGGAGCGAUUCUGACGCACGGCUCGCUCUCCAACAACGCCCAUGACAUCGUGCGCGACUGGGGAUUCACCCCGGAAGACCGCAACCUGCACGCCCUUCCGUUCUACCACGUGCACGGCCUCUACUACUCCCUCCACUGCACCCUGUUCUCCCAUUCGACGAUCAUUUGGAGACCAAAGUUCGAGGUGGAGGACACCAUUAAAUAUUUAAAAAACGCGACCGUCAUGAUGGGAGUGCCCACUUUCUUCUCCAGACUGCUCGCAAGCAAGAACUUCAACAAGGACGCGUUCGGAAAUGUGCGAGUGUUCAUCUCGGGAUCCGCGCCUCUUUCGGUGGCCACAAUCGAAGAGUUCAAGCAGAGAACCGGGCAGGUCAUUCUCGAAAGGUACGGAAUGACAGAGGCCGGAGUGAUGACCACGAAUCCAUUGCACGGAGUGAGAAAGGCGGGAACUGUGGGGCCGGCGGUGCAGGGAGUCGGCUGCCGAAUCGCCAAGAACGGAGGGAUCGAGGUGAAGACGAACGCGAUCUUUGCGGGAUACUGGAAGAACCCGAAGAAGACUGCGGAAGAGUUCACCGAGGACGGAUGGUUCAAGACCGGAGACGUCGGACACCUCGACGAGGAUGGAUACCUAACGAUCGGAGGACGCUCCAAGGACAUGAUCAUCACGGGCGGACUGAACGUGUACCCGAAAGAACUCGAGGACUUCAUCGACACGCUUCCGUUCGUCAAGGAAUCCGCAGUCAUCGCCUCGCCGCAUCCGGACUUUGGAGAGGCCGUCGUGGCGGUUGUGGUGCCCGCCGAGAAGGUGUCCGAUGAAAAGGAGUUCGAGAAGAAGCUGAUCGGAGUUAUGAAGAAGAAGGUGGCCAAUUACAAGGUAAGGGUUACAGUAUCCGUGUGGGCUACAUCACACCAAAGCGCGCUUUGCCAUUAAUUGUUUUUGUUGCAGGUGCCGAAGCGAGUAAUCGUACUGGAGUCGCUGCCACGCAAUCACAUCACCAAAGUCCAAAAGAACGUUCUGCGUGACACGUACAAGAAACUCUUCGCCUAA